ACUGAAACCAUUGCGAAAUUUCCUCAUCAACUCUUAUUCUUUAAUUUUAUUUUAAUUUUGUCGCGUGUAUAAAUCCACAAGUCAUCAGUCGUUGCUUUCUCGCUUAUCCUAUAAUUUAACUCUCUCUCUUUCUCUCUAAAAAAUUCUCUGAAAUUUCUUCGAUUUUUGGGGAUUUGCAUGGCGACUGAGGACGAAAAUCAGCUGAUGGCGGCAGAGCCGGGGCAGGGCUACGCAUUGAGCGGGAAGAUAAUGCUCAGCGCCAUCGUCAUACUCUUCGCCGUCGUCGUUUUCAUGGUGGGCCUCCACCUCUACGCGCGGUGGUACCUCGUGCGGCUGCGCCGCCGCCAGAUCGAGCGCCGCCGCCUCCGACGCGGCGCCCGAGCUCACGUCGUGUUUUACGCCGACAGCGUAAUCCCAGCCGGCGCCGACCGGGGGCUAGAGCCGGCGGUUCUGAGCUCGCUGCCGGUGUUCCUCCACUCCGCCGCCGGGGCGGCGGAGGUGCCGCCGCUGGAGUGCGCCGUCUGCCUGUCGGAGUUCGAGGAGAAGGAAAUCGUGCGGCUGCUGCCCAAGUGCAACCACUCUUUUCAUAUAGAGUGCAUAGAUAUGUGGUUCCGGUCACAUUCCACCUGCCCGCUCUGCCGAUCGCCGGUGGAGAAGGUGGCCGGCCGGUCGGAAGCGGCAGUGGAGCCUCUCGAACCGAUUGGGGAGUUGAAUUCGUCCGAACCGGGUUCGAGCUCGGGGGCCGAUUUAAAUUUGUGCGACACGUGUCAGGAGACGACGGCGUCGUCGCUGGGGGCGAGAAAGGGGGCGGAUUUGGUAGGGGUGAGGAUUGAGGUGCCGCUGAGGCGGGCGGAGGCGGCGCUCGAGUUGACUCAGAGUUCUCCGGCGAGUCGGCUGGCUUAUUUCAAGAGAAUCCUGAGCAUGGGGAGGAGGUCCCCCGCGGCGGGGGCCGGCGCCUCUUCCAGCGGCGGAGGGGGACCGACGACACCGCGUGGGGCGGACGAGUUGGAUUUGGAGAGUGGGAUCGGUGAGUCGAAUCAGGGAAGCAGUGGGGUAGAGGCGCCGAGGUGAGGAAACCGCGCCGUAUUUUCGCGGAAAACGACAGCGUAUUAGUGUCCAAAUUUUAUGUUUGCUGCAAAACGAAGCGUUUUGGACGCGUGGCGUGCGAGAGGGAGGGAUGAGUUUCCCUCGCGGAGCCGCCGUUGGGAGUGGAUUGUAGAUUUUAUGUAUAGGAAAACGUGGAUGGAAUUAUCACAUAGUGAGAGAUUUUUUAUAUUGUUUUUUUUUUGUAUAAUGUAAAAGAUACAUGUCAUAUGUUUAUUGAUUUCUAAAAAGAAGUAAAUUCUGGA